AUGGGUAGACUUUUUCGAGUGUUUCGUGGGGAUUGGAAGAAAAACCGCAAUGAUCACUGGAAUUUUCUCCCCACACCUGAAGAUGUCGGCUGGACCAUGUAUGUUGAGGAAGAUGGAAACUAUGCAGUCAUCCUAGGAGCUAUUACAGAAGUUUAUGGUCUAGCUGAGGAAACUCCGGUCGUUAUCACCUAUAGAUUACCUGAGUGGAUGCUCUUCCCUCAUAGAAACAUACCUCCGACGACAAUUUCCAACUCUGAUGAUCUUCAGCGUCUGUUAAAGGAGAGGACAUGGCUAAUGGAUGUUACAUUACUCGCUACUAUUGGUGCUAGGAGCGUGGCAGAGUAUAACUUCCUCUGCCGUUCAAACUUCUCUAUAGGUGCAACGACAUAUAUUGUAGAUGGUACGCAGGAUGGCAGAGCAAGGGCCAUAUUUGAAGGUAUGGUUUUUGGUGAAAGGCUUCUGACGAGUGCUACUGUUAUGUGGGAGAUAUUUGGAGAACAUGAGAUGCAACUCCUCUACCGAGUUGCGCUGGAGCUGGGAAGUGUUGACAGGGGUUUAGAUAUCCAUACUGUAACUGGCGUCCAGCAGCGUAUUGAGGUAAUACUCAUUGACGAUGACGACGACAUGGUUGAUGUUGAAGAGGAGGAGGCUAAAGCAGCUGAGGAGAUGGAGGCAUAUGCAGCUUGGGGUGAUAACGCUGACGCAAAACCCAAUACUGGAGGUAAGGUGGAUGUUGAAAAAGGAGCAGUUGAAAAAGGAGCAGGUUCUUCUACAGGGUCUACUGCGAUUGAGUUGCCUAUAUAUGGUGGCAUAGCUUCUACGGAAAUUAGAGAUUUAGGAGAAGUUAACUUUAAAAAUUCUGGUUUACAAGGAAACCAGGCUGCAUCUGCGAUUAAUGAAGAAUUGGUUGUUCAUGUCCAACAAAACAAUAAUGCUCCCGCAAACAAUGAAGGUUCGGAUAGACAGGCUCGCGAAGAUAUUGCACCUGUAUCUGUAUCUCCUUCAUCGAGCCUCCCCUCCACUGAGUCAGGAGUUCCAAAAACACAGAAGGAGUCCCCACCAUUGAUGAGGCCUAAGAAGGAGCCCAAGGAGAGUUCUUGCUUGGGUAGCUACACUGAGUGUGGAUGGUAA